CCUGAUAUUGCUUUGAACAGAGAAAAACGAUUCUUUUUUAACGUGUAUUUAACGGUGGUGAUUAUCAUUUGUGAUUGAGGCUGCAGAAGUAAGAUUUAAAAAUAGAAACGCUGUGGCACUAUGAACGGUAAUGACACGUGUUCCGUGAAAGUUGCUGUGCGUGUACGGCCAUUAGUUCCGUUCGAGAUAUCCAGGGGGUGUAAAGAAGUCCUGGAAAUAGUUCCGGAAAAUGAACAAAUUUUAGUACGUCCAAUCCACAAGCCUUUUACGUUUAAUUAUGUCUUGGGCGUUGAUUCCACCCAAGUUGAUUUGUACGAGAGAUGCGUGGAGCCGCUUUUACAAAACUUAUUUGAAGGAUUUAAUGUUACCAUUCUUGCAUAUGGUCAAAAUGGAUCUGGAAAAACUCAUUCUAUGGGAACUGCCUACCAAGGAGAGGAUCAUGCGGGGGUUAUACCUAGGGCUGUGAAACAUAUAUUUGAUUAUAUCAAGCAUAAUUUGUCCAUAGAUUUUACUGUUAGUGUGUCGUUUAUUGAGCUUUACAACGAAAGAAUUUUCGAUCUGUUAUCUGAUAAGCCUCGAGACCAAUGUAGAUUAGAAAUUCGCGAAGACGUCAAAGGGAACAUACUUAUAGCGAAAUUAACUGAGACAAUAGUAGAAUCUGCCACUCAACUUUUAGAUAUACUGACGAAGGGUUCCAAUGGACGAGCAACAGCUGCUACGAGCAUGAACUUGCAUAGUUCCAGAAGUCAUGCUAUAUUCACCAUUAACAUUGCUAUGCAGCACAAAUUUGAAAGAAAUCAAAAUAAGAACGCAAAAUUGCACCUAGUUGACCUAGCUGGAUCCGAGCGACCCAAGAAAACUGGAGCAGUUGGCAGUACAUUUAAAGAGGGCGUAAAUAUCAACAAAGGACUUUUUGUGCUGGGAAAUGUUAUCAACUGUCUAGGAAAUAAUAAAUCUCAACAAAGUUUUGUGCCAUAUAGAGACAGUAAUUUAACACGGCUAUUGAAAGACUCUCUUGGGGGUAAUAGUAUGCUCCUGAUGAUUGCAUGUGUUAGCCCUGCGGACUAUAAUUUGGAAGAAACUCUUUCGACCUUGAGAUAUGCUGACAGCGCGCGAAAAAUUAAGAACAAACCAGUGAUAAACCAAGGCCUAAGUCUUCUGCAGUUAGAACGAGUUAAGAGUAAAACCGAAAUGAGAGAGUUAACACGUGUAGAGCAACAAGAUCAGAAAAAGCAAACUGAAAUAACAAAAAUUAAGGUAAUGCAUGCUAAUCAGCAGAAUGUGUUGAAAUGGAAGUUUGAAGAAGCGGCGGCAUUAAAUAAAAGACUUCAACAGACUCUGAUUUUGAGGAAGCAAGUACAAGAUUCUAAAUUUAAUGGAAAACCCGAUAAAAUUGGUCCUUUGGUGAAGUGUGGGCACAAUUUUACCUCGGUCCGAGAAAAUUUUCAUUUUUUUGACGUAAUUCUAGUCUUCAACAGAAUUUUUCGGUCUGGAGGACUAAUCAAGGAUGUAGGGGACCAAAUUACGGAAGAGGAUUUUUACUCAGAAGCGGUAACUUAUACAGGGGAAGGAUCCCGGGCCAGGUCGAUUAAGAUAUUAAAUAUGAUAGAUAGAGCAAUUUUACAACAGCAAUUAGAUGAACUGAUGAAGAAUCCGAAAACUGCCGAGUCGAACGAAACAAAAACGAUUAAAGAUGAUAUUGAAUUAAGAUCUGUGCAAAUUCAAGAUUUACAACUGAAGUUGCUGGAUUUUGAUAAAGAGAAACCAAAAACUAGGUUUGAUAGAAUCCAAUCUAUGGCAGAGGCAAAAUAUGCGCUCAAAUUAUUGUUUGAGCAAGCCGAAGAAUUUUUCAAGAAAUUUGUUCAGUGCAAAAAUAAAUGUAGCGAAUUGAUGGAGAUUAAUAAAGUACUUUCAGAGAAAAAUGAAAGAGACGCCCAUACCUUAAAACUGACUGAAGACAAAUAUAGGGAUAUCCUGUCCAACCAGCAACAGGUGUAUGAAGAAAAGGUGGCGAUAUUAUUGAGGCAACUUAGAGGAAUCGAAAAUGGAAGUCAAAAUGGCGAUUCCGGAUUGUCUCGAUGCCAGACUCAAAAGGAAUUAAUUGAGAAACAAGAAAAACAGAUAGAAGAGCAGCAAAAACUAAUAAAUAAGUUAAAGAAUAAAUUAGAAGAGAAUGAGAAAGCCAAUUUGGAGAAUGUCCCGAUAUCCCAAAAUUCAAGGAAAAGAAACAAAUCGACUGUUGUUGAGAGCAUUGAAGAAGAUGAUAAACUUGCAGAACCUAUAGACGCAUCAGAACCCGAAGAUUCGUUCGGCGACGAUCUUAUUAACGAUCCUGAUUGGCGAAAAACGCCAUUAGGCAAGAGAGUAAUAGCGAAAAAGAAAAAAAUUAUCAAACAAAGUCAGAUUUCGGUACAAGGUCAAAAUGGCGAUUCCGGAUUGUCUCGAUGCCAGACUCAAAAGGAAUUAAUUGAGAAACAAGAAAAACAGAUAGAAGAGCAGCAAAAACUAAUAAAUAAGUUAAAGAAUAAAUUAGAAGAGAAUGAGAAAGCCAAUUUGGAGAAUGUCCCGAUAUCCCAAAAUUCAAGGAAAAGAAACAAAUCGACUGUUGUUGAGAGCAUUGAAGAAGAUGAUAAACUUGCAGAACCUAUAGACGCAUCAGAACCCGAAGAUUCGUUCGGCGACGAUCUUAUUAACGAUCCUGAUUGGCGAAAAACGCCAUUAGGGAAGAGAGUAAUAGCGAAAAAGAAAAAAAUUAUCAAACAAAGUCAGAUUUCGGUACAAGGUCAAAAUGGCGAUUCCGGAUUGUCUCGAUGCCAGACUCAAAAGGAAUUAAUUGAGAAACAAGAAAAACAGAUAGAAGAGCAGCAAAAACUAAUAAAUAAGUUAAAGAAUAAAUUAGAAGAGAAUGAGAAAGCCAAUUUGGAGAAUGUCCCGAUAUCCCAAAAUUCAAGGAAAAGAAACAAAUCGACUGUUGUUGAGAGCAUUGAAGAAGAUGAUAAACUUGCAGAACCUAUAGACGCAUCAGAACCCGAAGAUUCGUUCGGCGACGAUCUUAUUAACGAUCCUGAUUGGCGAAAAACGCCAUUAGGCAAGAGAGUAAUAGCGAAAAAGAAAAAAAUUAUCAAACAAAGUCAGAUUUCGGUACAAGAUUUACGCAGGGGACGGACACGUUUGUUGAACGAUGGAUGCACUUGCAAAACAAAAUGUAACAGUGUCAGAUGCGGCUGUAGAAAAGCGAAUAAAAUAUGCAUGGGCACUUGCAAAUGCGAUGCAUCCGUAUGCGAAAAUAGGACGUCUUCGUCCACUAAUGCUGAAGUGGAUUAAGAUGCUUCCGAGUUGAUCCAUGAUUUUAAGAGGCCUAGGGUGGAUGAAGAAAUGGAAAGUCAAAUUGCUAGGCGGUGUCAAGAGCCCAAAAAACUAUUUAUCCCACAAUGAUUUUAACUAUGUGACGUAAAUAUUUUUACUUAUAUGACUUAUUUUUACUUUUAUUUUUACUUAUAUAUAAAUAUAUCUUCAGAGUGGACAAAGAAAUGAAAAGCCAAAUUGGUAUGCGACGUUAAGUUUUUUCCUUACGUUGUGGAUAUUUAUAUAUAAGAAUCUGUCUUACAAAAAACUAUUCGUCCUACAAUUAUCUUGAAUCUGUGAUUGUUAGUUUAGUCUUAAUUUUAAGUGUGAUUAUCAUGUCCCAUUUUUAAGUUAUGAAUAAUCUCUGUGAGAAAAAUUAUUCAUCAUACAAAUAUUUUACAUAUGCGACUGUUAGUAUGUUCGUUUAAUUUUCGUUAUUUUUACGUUAUAUUGUGCAUAUUUAUAAUCUGUAUUACAAAA